GGGCAGCAGUCAAAAACAAAGUUUAAACAGUUGAGUCGUUGAAAGGCGCUCGCAGAAGUCGCGCUGACUUAUCAUGGAUUAUAUCAAGAGUUUUUGGUUUAAUUUAUUGUUUGUCACAGUUCUGUAUUUUUCAAGAGGAGCCGCACAAUCAUGGGCAGACGAGAGCACGGAAAGGGGCGAAUCUGUCGACUUAGAUGACGCAGAUCAACUGGCGGGUUAUGAAUAUCCAGAGAGCUGGGACGAUAUGGAGGACGCAAGGCUCAUAUCUUUGCUGAAGCGAGGUACAUUUGGUGUCCGGUUAAAUGACGGCUACAGGAGAUUCCCUAGGCUCAAGGAACACAUCAUACCUUUCUAUUCUUACGGCAAUGACUUCGGUUUUAUGGGCAGAAACAAACCAUCGUUGGUGACAAUGCCGAAACCGCACUACGGUUACAGUCCCUGGAACCCGGCGAAUGGUAACCAUGGAAACCGUUUUCUGGUUCGUGGACGUGACUGGAAAUCGUUGAAAUAGAUGAACUGUAUCGUUUCAUUUUACAUUUCUUAACUACGAAAUGAAACAAAAUGUUAAACUAAACAUGUGCGUUAAGUUGUUUUAUUGUAUGAAUAUUGAUGGCAUAAGAAUACGUUAUACAACAAAACAGUUUAUCUAACAUUUCAAUAAACAAUAUCAUAUGUCGUUGUCUAUUGCAUGUAUGCUACGUUUUGU